AGACACAUCUAAUACCCUGCAAUUACCUCUUCGCCGUCCAAUUUUAACCAUCAUCACGGGCAAAUGGAAGGAGUAACUGCCCCACAAACAUCUCUACUCACCUACUUUAAGCCCUUACAGCCGUCGCCUCCUCAACUACGUAUAUAAAUCAUACUUAAGACCCAUCUCAUCUUAAAUCUUGAGAUGACGCGAAUCAGUCUGGUCCUUCUAGUGUUCACGCUUCUCGCGAAUCUAGUGCGCCCCGAUGACUACGUCGAGGAGCUGAAACACCGUUGCAACUUCACCAGGAAGGCCUACGCCUGCACCAAGUACAGGCUGUUCGAAUUGAUGGACCAUGAGGGCUUGUUGCCGGAGAAUACUCCGAAAUCUUUUGGUGGUUUGGUUAGAUUGGUGAAGAUUGAGAGGCAGAAUUACGAUGUGGGGCUGUUUGGGGAGGCCAGGUAUUAUGGGGGUGAUUCUGAGCUGAUGAAGAUCAUCAAGUAUGUCCAGAGGAAGGCUGUGAAGUUUUUGGAGGGUCAGGCUAUGUCUUUUGCGUUGCCUGAUGGGGCUAGGGUUGUUGAUGUUGAGGAUAAUGAAGUGGCAGGAGAUGAAGCCAGAAGAAAAAAAGGCGAAGGAGGCAAGAAGAAAGAGAUGUUAAUACCGCUCAUCAUGCUGUUCAAACUAUUCAAAAUCAAAGUGCUGGUCUCACUUGUCCUCCUAUCAGUCCUCUUCAUCAAGAAAACCAUCCUACUGACAGCUAUGUUCCUACCAUCUGUGAUCCAGUCGAUCAAGAACCACUGCAAAACGUCCUAUCAUGUUGUACCUCACCACAUUGAAGAUGAACACCACGAGCAUGACAUCUCUGGAGCUGGCUGGGGAUACUCUGGGAAGGAAGAAUACGAGGAAGAACCAUAUAGAAGAAGCAGAAGAAAAGCUGAUUUCCUGAAAACUGAUGAAUUGAGUUUGAAUCUCAGUCAUUAUAUAGCGUCCCUAUGGAAAAAGAUAAGAGAGUUUUUCGUCGAUUUAGGUUUAUAGUGAUCAUAGAACUGAUGAGUACCUACUAGAAGAAUAAACUGGAAUAGUUCACUACUAGUAAACUUG